AAAUCACUACUACAGUUUGUUGUUUAGCAUUGCUUUAAUGUAUUACCUACAACUAAAUAAACAUUAUCAUAUUGAAUUUGGGGAAACUACAGAAACAUAUUCUCACAUAUUACCCAUCCUGUUUUUUUCAGAUUAGUGCAGAUUAAGUGCCACUCACUGUCAUUUACUGAAAUAAACGGACAGGAGGGUAGUCUGAAUAAAAGAGACACAAAGCUAAAACAUAAAAAACAAUGCAACAAAACAAAAGGAUAAUGCUAAUCUCAUGUUGAAUGAAUGUAGAUGUAACUUUAGACCAAUGUCUACUGUCAGGAGCCAAACCAACCAUCCGGGGGGCCAACCUCACUUAAGGUGCCUCCAAUCUCCUGUGUUUUAUUACUCGAUUUACUCCACUGGGGCUCAAUGAUCAAUCUCAAUUUGUGGCUCAUAUUAGCCCCUAGUGGUAACAUUCUGUACUGUCACCAGCCUCUCCAACUGAAGUUAUGUGACUGCACUCACCUAGRAUGAGAUUUGUUUUGUUUACUGUUGGUGUUGCCAGGAUAUGUUCACUGAAUACCACUCCUCUCCUUAGACCCAUUCUUGUCUGCAAUGAUUUAAACUGUCAGUCAUCUAAACAUGAGUGCCCAGGACUUAAUAACAUUCAAUAUUGGAGGUAAAAAAUUCACCACUACUCUGUCAACUCUCAGAAGACACCAAGACUCAAGAAUAGCUAGGAUCCUGGAUGGCAAAGACACKGAUUUUAAAGUUAUCAGUGGACAAGUUUUUGUAGWUAGAGAUUGGACUUUCUUUAAAUACAUCCUGGAUUAUAUGAGGACAGGUCAAAUCACCUUGCCAGCAGAAUUCUCUGACUACAAUGGCUUGGCUCAAGAAGCACAGUUCUACGGUUUGCAUCCAUUGGCACUUUGGGUUGAGAGGAACAUCCAUCGAUCCAGAGUUGAGGUUCUAGAGUUGCGCUUCUCUGUCCAGGAWACUCACGGAUUCUUCCAAAUAUUCUGCUCCAACAACAAAACUCUGGAGGCUUUGGCGACAAGGAUAUCCAUUUURGUGYKACAUCCAAAUCUGAAUGGYAAUUUCRCACACCUGCCUCAGAACUCCAGCACACCUCAUCCUGUACCGGUCCAGAGACCCUCUCACCACGACAUGGUGUUCCAAUGUGGGACUGACCAACUAGCCAGGGACGACUUCUCUGCCAGGUUUGUAWCUAUUGAGCCGGAUGACAGAAAGCUUCUCAACAGCACCAACGUCCUGGGCCUGCUGGUAGACACCCUUCUGAAGGAUGGGUUUCGCCUGAUCGACACAAGGACAGUUUCCCAAGAGGAGAAGAUUGAAUGCUACAUGUUUGAAAGGAGCAGGAAUACCCAGAUCGUUGUACUGAGUGAAACCCCCAGGGCAGAACAUCUCAGAAGAGAGGACACACAGAGCCAGCUUGGUGAAGGAAAGAAAAAGUGAACUCAGUGUCAGGGUGCAUCUCAAAAGUCUGAAGUGGUUCCCUUUCCAUGUCCAGUUCUGUAAUAUCAGUGGACUUCAGACUAUUGAGAUGGAUCCAUUCUCUGCGAGUCAGACUGGAUUGACCAGCAGAUGGCGACAAAGGAUAAUAAUGUUGAGGGCCAUAAUGUCAAUAUGGUUCACCUCACCAUUAGUCUCAAUUUAUACAGUAUAUUUUAUUUGACAUCAAUUUCCUGUGUCCUAAAGUAUAUUUCCAAAAGUACAAUUCUCUAAAUUGAAAUAGAAUUGAGAAUAUAUUUGAUCAAGAACACAAAUAAAACAUUUAAAAAUAUAUAUAUUUUUUUGUUUAAUUCAACCAGGUAGCCCAUAGACUGAUGUCGAACGGCAAUGCUUUGCUUCAACAGCACCGUCAAUACUGGAGGCUUCAGCAGUGGUGAACUCCAAUAUUUACGUGCUGCUACAGCAAGGCAGCCAGUCACAGAAUGGCGGUCACAAGCCUCGGAUGUCCAGGCUUCGCUCACGUUGUCACAGACAUGCACGUAACACCACAGCCAUCCUCUCUUGUACCCAGUCUGAACUCUCAAGCCCUUGCCUUAGACACUUAUCAUAGGUCUGAGAGGAUAGGAUGGGUGUAAGCACA